GUUGAACAUGCCUGGUUUCAGUCCCCAGCCACAUUUUCCACAGUGUCAGUGCUAGCUGGCUGGGCUGUUUAUUUUAGGAAACAAAUAGCCAUAUCAUUUGCACACGCCCUUAUAGGCAGACACCGGCUCUCCACUCGCGUUCUUCAAAAGAAGGGAAGGCAAGAUGAAGAGCUCUUUGUUGCUGUGCGUGGCCUUGGCCGUCUCCUUGGGGUUCAUCCUUGUGGCAGGUUAUUCACAGGACUCUGAGAACAAGGAAUAUGUGCUGGUCAAUAACAAGUGUCAAUGUGUAACAGUGACCUCAAAGUUCGUCCCCUCCAAAGAAAAUCCUGAUGAAGAAAUCCUGGAGAGAAACAUACGCAUCCUAGUCCCCCUGAAGGCUCGAGAGAACAUCUCUGACCCCAUGUCCCCACUCAGAACCACUUUCGUCUACCGCAUGACUGAACUCUGCAAAAAAUGCAAUCCUGUAGAAAUUGAGCUGGGUGGUGAGAUAUACCAGGCCCAGCAGAGCACCUCCUGCAACGAACCUGAAACCUGCUACACUUACAACAGGGACAAGUGCUACACCACAACCUUCCCAUUCGUUUACCACGGGGAGACGAGAGAUGUUAAAGCAGUUCUGACGCCAGCAUCCUGCUACGCCGAUUAGCAAAAGCCACUGCUAUUCUAAUGCCUCAUUGCACUCAGUGUUCCUGUCAAAAAUACAUGUAUAGCACCAUAGUACCUGGAUGACAGUGUCCAAAAUAUCAGCUCCCAGAGUAAUGCCAGCUCGCCUCUUCAUAUCAUUUUCAACAUCAGACUAGUGCCAUCUCCCAAGAGCAGCUACUGGUUGUCAUAGACUGACUCUGUCCUCAUAUUCCUGGAACAUAUCUGCAAUGCCAUUAUUAUACAUCUCAGAUGUUAUCACACGAUACAGACCAGAUCCUCAGCAGGUAUAAAUCAGUAAUUCCCUUGAAGUCAAGGAACCUGUCUUUUUGACAGUUUUCCACCAGUCUUCAUCUAAACAAGGCUGCCACAGGCCUCAGCAGGAAUGUCCGUGUACUUCCCUCCAUGAGCAAUGUAAAGCAAACCCCUGCACAACCUUUAUACAAGACCCUUUGACUAUAGUAGCAGAAUUUGUGCCAUUAUUAGAAGGCUGUUGUACAAUCAUAUUUGAGAGAAAAGAUGGGGGAUGAGACCAAGAAUUCAGAUUUCAACGUUACUUUACAAUUGGGCAUUCUAGACCCUUCUAGCACUUUGACAACUGCAAGCUUCUAGAUCUCACUUACAUUUAGAGAAGAUCAAAACACAGCGCUACACUGAAUGGUUCUGCAAAGUUGCCAGGCCCUCAGCUGUGCCAGGAAUAGUAAACUUUUCUAGGACAUGUUAGUUAUUUCACUUUCCAUGCUUAUUUACUGAUAUUGCUGCCUUCUUCCACCCCUUAUCCCAGUUCAAUUGAUGAAAAAAAAUCAAGUUGGCUCGAAUUUCUUUUCUUAUUCCUCAUUUUGCAUUUAAAGCUUCAAGAAAUUCUACGAAGGUGACUCAAUUGCUAGAGCAGGACCCUAGUUAGGGAUUCAUUCCUUCUUUCACACCAGUAGUCUUUUUCUUCAUACAAGAAAACCUCACCAAAUACGGGAGCUGAUUCUGUAUUCCACCUUGCAUAUAAAUGCAUUACACUCGGUAUUGCUCAUAGGAAACAUCAUGUAUGAGUGCAUAAGCUGUCCAGCAUUACAUUUGGGAUGGCUGGUAUGUUUCUCACUGUUGUCACAAGUUGAUUGUAAAGCCUUAGGCUGUUCUGAAAAAUCCUUAUCUGGCUUCACGCAUAAUUGGAAUAAUAAAACAGCAAAAACGUUACUUCCAUAAUUGUAGCUUUGUUAGUGAAACAUCAAAUAAACUUUUCUCUGCAGCA